AUGCUGUCCAUGUUUAUAGAUGCACCCUUGAAAGACUUAGCUAUCAAGGCAGACGCUGCGUUCGAACGUUUUCCGCAGCAGACGACCAGUAACUCCGGUGACGUAUUCUCACCGAUGAAAACCGAAUCCCAUGUUUGUUCCCAGUCGCUAGACCGAUCUGACUCUAAAGAUGAGGAAAUUGCGCUACUUCGCAGCAGGAUAGCAGCAAUGAAGGCUUCGAAGCAGCGUGUGCCACGGUCAAAUGCUGACCACGUUUUGGCUACCGUUCAUUGCGGCUCGUCUGUGCCUGCACCGAAUACGUCACGUUCGGCACGAAAGCGCCACAUUUUCCUUACAAGUUCUCAGUCAGAUAAUGUCAAGCCCGUCGAAGAAGUAUGUUGGUAUCACCGCCAAUACGGUGGAAGAGCUAGACGUUGUCGGGCUCCCUGCAUUAGGCACGACCCAGGGAAAACGAAUAGCCCGCAUACUAGCACUACAAACGUAUCAUUCAAUAGCCAAGCAAACCGACUGUUUUACGUUAAGGAUCGACGUUCUUCCAUCACCUUCCUCAUCGACACGGGAGCGGAAGUCAGCGUCAUCCCAGCGACCGCUAGCGACAAGCACUCGAAGCCUACGUACAAUUUGCGUGCGGCCAACGGUUCUCCGAUAGCUUCAUUCGGUCAGCGCAUGAUGAACCUGGACCUCAAUCUUCGCCGAGAUUUUCAGUGGGUCUUCAUGGUUGCGUCUGUACCCUUCGCAAUUAUCGGUAUCGACUUCCUCCGACAUUUUGGGUUGCUUGUUGAUGCUGGUCGCCACAGACUUUUAGACGACCGUACGAAACUAGGUGUUGAUGGUGUCCUUUCAGAUGCCCCGGUAAUCAGCCCUGUAUUUCGGAUCGCAGACGCACCGUCCGACUACUUGAGCCUCCUCUCCGAAUACCCGCGACUGGUUCGACCGGCUGCAGAGCUUCCACCAGUCACGACAGAGGUCGCUCACCACAUAGUUACGCGCGGUCAACCAGUUAGCGCACGACCAAGACGGCUUGCUCCAGACAAACUACGGGCAGCACGAGCCGAAUUUGACCACAUGCUUCAACUUGGUAUCGUCAGACCGUCCAACAGCCCAUGGGCGUCGCCUCUGCACAUGGUCCCGAAGAAGGUUGUGGGGGACUGGCGUCCUUGCGGCGACUAUCGAUCCUUGAAUACGGUAACCACGCCUGAUCGCUAUCCGAUCCCACACAUAGUGGAUCUCACCGCCAGUCUGGCGGGUAAAAAUAUCUUCAGCAAAAUCGACUUGGUACGCGCAUACAACCAAAUUCCGGUAGCCGAGGCGGACAUCGCUAAAACUGCCGUGACGACUCCAUUUGGUUUGUUCGAGUUUCUGCGCAUGCCAUUCGGUCUAAAGAAUGCCGCGCAAACUUUUCAGCGUUUCAUCGACCAAGUUUGUCGCGGUUUAGACUUCGCUUACGCGUAUCUUGACGACAUUUUAAUCGCAAGCUCUUCACGAGAAGAGCACAUACGCCACGUACGAACACUUUUUGAUCGUUUAUCUCAACACGGGGUGACGAUCAACGCAGAAAAGUGUUCGUUUGGUGUCGAUUCAGUCAAUUUUCUGGGACAUCGUAUCUCUUCUGCAGGCGUCGUGCCACUGCAGGAUAAAAUUCAAGCCAUCAUCGACUACCCCGAGCCUCAUUCUUUCAAACAGCUCAGGCGUUUUGAUGGCCUUGUUAACUUUUACCGACGAUUUAUACCCAACUGCGCCUCGCUGAUGCAACCCCUCACGGACCUUCUCCGAGGGAAACUCAAGAAAUUCGAAUUUUCUGCCGCAGCUAGCGCUGCUUUUAAGUCGCUGAAAGAGGCUAUCGCCAACAUAGCUUCUAUAGCGCAUCACGAUCCGGCCGCCCCACUGUCCCUCAGUACUGACGCCUCGGACGUGGCAGUCGGCGCUGUUUUGCAGCAACGCGUAGCCGACACGUGGCAACCCUUAGCCUUUUUCUCCAAACGUCUACAACCUACCGAAUCUCGCUACAGCACGUUCGGUAGGGAACUACUAGCCGUAUAUCUAGCGAUACGUCACUUUCGACACAUCCUAGAAGGCCGCUCCUUUGUCGUCUUCACCGACCACAAACCCCUGACUUACGUGCUCGGCUCGACUACCGACCGAUACUCUCCUAGAGAGUCGCGCCACCUUGACUAUAUCGCUCAGUUUACGACCGAUAUACGGCAUGUCUCAGGUGUGCACAACGCCGUCGCCGAUGCACUUUCUCGUAUCCAGGCUAUCUCCGCUGACGCCGGCACUGCUAUCGACUUGGCAGCCAUGGCCACAGCACAACUUAACGACCCUGAGGUUGAUCUACUACGCAGGUCUCCCUCAUUGGACAUACGACCCGUUCCGCUGACAUCAUCAGACGGCACCAUACUCUGCGAUCUAUCUCUGGGCACGCCGCGCCCAGUCGUCCCACGUGAGUUUCGGCAGACCGUGUUCGACUCGUUGCACGGCUUGUCUCAUCCAGGCGUUCGUGCAUCGGUUAAACUCGUAACCGCACGAUUCGUUUGGCGCAAUGUUAAUCGGGACGUCCGUACCUGGGCAGCUGCUUGCCUUCCGUGUCAACGC